AUGUACCAGCGCCUCUGUGGCCUCCUGGACGGUUUAUACGAGUUGGGAACCGUGUUGGAAGAUGUAGAUGAGGAGGAUGGAGGGGGGCGGGUGUUGCGCGGCGAUCUUGAUCUGCCUCCGACACCGGUUCCUGCGCCUCCGUCUGCCACACCCGCCUCUCUCGGCCAAGGCAAACUCGUAACACCGUCUAUCCUCCCUCCUGUACGCAAGCACAGGGAUCACGGCCAUACACAUACACAUGUGCAGACACUGUGGACCCGGCACCCGGAAACAAUUAGCCAAAAAGCCAAACCAAUUUCGGAGAAUCGGCAAAGUGCCACCACCUUCCGCCCCCAACUUCCUCCUCGACAUCUGCAAGUCUUCCACACCUCCCAGACGUCCAAAAAGGUUGGCUUGGGAGGCGAUGAAGCCCCUGUUGACGAGAGUGGGAUUCGAACCCACGUCCGAAGACUGCGGAUGAACUCUUGCAAGAAGCAAGAGAAAACCUUAACACAGCGCCUUAGACCGCUCGGCCAUCUCGCCGAGGACGAUGUGUUGUUUGUCAGUGGUUGA